AUGUAUCUUAUUCCCAUGUCCCUAACAGAACAUUAUUUCACUCAAGUUACCUGGAUUGAUCGCACUCGACUAGCUGCAGUCUGGUUACGUCGCACCCAAAACUUCUCUGUUGUCAGUGUAUGCCACGAAAGAAACGGAUGGGCAUGUGAUACAAACCUAGAAGAAACCAGUAAAACUGGUUGGGUAGAUAUGUACGAUGCUCCCCUUUUUACAGCUGAUAAGAAAUACUAUUUCCUUCGACUUCCUGUAAUGACUGAAAUGUACGGAAGUUUCCGACACAUUGCAAUGAUCAGCAUAAACGAGAAACGUAAAAGGUUUCUUACUGAAGGAGCGUAUGACGUCAUCCAGAUUGUCGCUCACCGCCACGAAGUCCGUAAAGUAUAUUACAUCAGCACAUUGAAAAAUAAAUCAGGACAAAGACACCUGUUUAGCAUCACAGACCUCACUUCAUCAAAUCGUUCAAAAGAAUGUCUGACGUGUGCUAUUGGAGACAACUGUUUGUUCAACAGUGCCACCUUUAGUCCUGGAGCAAAGUUUUAUAUUUUGGAAUGUUUAGGUCCAGGAAUGCCCAGGUUGGAGCUUAGAGCUGUCGAUGGAAACAAAUUGCUUUUAGAAGCAAACGUUCGCCUUCUUUUACCUCCCGGUUUACGAGAUGACGAGGUCACACAGUAUCCAAUGGUAGUGUAUGUCGACGGUGGACCAGGUCAUCAGCUCGUUACCGAAAGGUUUGAGGUCCACUGGGGUACGUAUCUGGCCAGUCGGAAGAACUUCAUCUACGCCACGAUUGAUGGACGAGGUAGCGGUAACCGAGGUGACCAAAUAUUACAUCAAAUAUACAAAAAACUGGGCAGUGUUGAAAUAGAAGACCAGAUAACUGUCUCCAGCAUAAUCCAAAUUUGCACAGAUUAUGUCUUUUUUAUACGGAUAUGUGCUGUGUCUGUAUUCUGUAUUUCAGAUUCCGUGUACACUGAGCGAUAUAUGCAGUCUCCUUCUCCUGAUCAGAACUUCUUGGCUUACGAAAAGUCAAGCUUAGUGAAAAAAGCAGCUAAUCUCAAAGGAAAGAAAUUCCUGCUAAUACAUGGUUCGAACGAUGACAAGGUUCACCUUCAACAAUCCAUGAUUUUGAUUAAAGCACUGACUGACGCAGAAGUUCUUUUUCAAACUCAAAUUUAUCCAGACGAAAACCACAACUUAGCCAAUGUCCCCUUGCAUUUUUACCAGACUAUGGAAGCUUUCUUUGAUCAGUGUUUCAAUAUUCCUCGCAAAGGUGGCAUAGGACUCCAAAAAACGAGCAAAAAAGUUUUUAUAGGAGGAAGAUAGUGCCAGUUUAAAGUUAUGUUUUCCUUAUCCUCUACUUUCACUAUUUCCUGAUCCUUUUGUUCACUUUUUAUUUUUGUUUCACUUCGGAGAAGCUGGUUUAAAAGUUUCGUUGAAACGUACUGUUUAUCUCCAGCUUUGGCACUGAUAAAACGAUUCUUUUUGUUAUAUUCACAGUUGGUAAAUAGCUUCAAACACUUACUACUAGAGGGCGCUAAGCUGCUUAUGUGCCAAAUAGCGUAUCAGGGAAAUACAAGUUUCUAAUUUUUAACACCAGAUUUAAAGACUUUUAGCUAUUGUUACAAUGCCAGAGAUUAAAAAAAGAGGGUUCAAGAUCUUAACUGUUUCCAGGGUUUCCUAUUCUGUAAGAAAAUUGUAGCAAGUGGAGAUCUCUAAAGAGAUAUAAUAUCCCUGAUAUAGGUUUACUAUAAUUACUCUAGACAAUCGAAAUUAACGAAUUCCUUAAAAUAACGUAUCUGAUCAUAAUAACUCUAUUUUGUCACACCCUUUCAUGACGUAAAAAAUAGAUAUUAAUAAGUAUUCAUAUACGGAACAAGUGUUAAAAUUAAAUACAACAAAAAUUAUUUUGAAUUAUGUUUCAAAAAAAAAAAAUUAGUAGUGCCACGAUAUAUAUUUUAGUCGUCUACCAAUGAUAUAAAUGUAUAUGCUGUAUUUGAGUAGAAAUUGUUAAUAUUUAUUAUCAUAAUAUGCAUUUAAAUUCGUUUUCCAGAGCUUACAAUUUUAAAUGAAAGGGUAAAUUAAAUCACGGAGUUCGAGUAAUUGGUCUUACGACUGCGAUUUUCUACUUUUCAUCCCAUUUAUUUUCCAGCUAUUAUGGGUAUAAGUUAGAACUAAAAAACUGUAGGUUUUUAGAACCAACAGCUUGCGUAUUAAAACAUGAAAAACUGUUCAGUAAACGGAAGUGUCAGUGUUGAUUAACAGUUUCGAGAAAUAAAUUUCCUGAGCAAACCAGGAAUCGGAAGUGUGCAAUCAUUUUAAAUUGUCCUCGUCUUUCGUUUAGUCGGUAUGUUAUUUAUUAUUCGAAAAUAUUUUGAUGAGAUUUGAGGCAACCUAUCGAGUGAGAAAUAUACACUUGGCCGCAUUAAUGAAUAAAUAGUAUGUUUAGCAACAAACUUCUUAAUAGUAAUUAGGCCUAACUGUUUAAUUUUAGACUUAUCAUAUUUAAUUUACUACUUUGCAGAGAGCACAUAACAAAUUUAUAAUAUUUUGAUUAUAAUUUUCAAUAAAGUUAAUAUUAUUUUGCAACGGUCUCUAAGCAAUUGGGCCAGAAAUUGCUUAAUGGUAAGCUUGCCGCACUACGAAUCUGAAGAUUCGUGGUUCUCGUCCCGUUGCUACAAAGUCUUGUUUCAUAUUUGGAACCCUGACUGUGUUAUAAGAAUAACGGUCAAAUCUCACUAUUCGAUUAGAGUAGGCCAAGAGUUGGCAAUGGGUGUUUUGAUUAACUGCCUUCCCUCUAGUCUAUCAGUUUGAAACUAGGGACGGCUACUCCAAAUAGCCCUUAUAUAGCUUUACGAGAAUAUCCGAAACAAAAGAAAUCCAAGCAAUCGCCUCGUCAGUGUGUAGUUGAAUUAAAAUUUCAAUUAAAAUUAUUUUUUCUAAUGUAAAGUUUUGUAUUUUAAGUAAACAAUCUUUUAUAAUCAUAUCACUGAUUGGUUACUCCUAGAUAUCAUGAAAUUAACUAAUAGGAGACUAAUCGAAACUCGACAACAAUAAAUAUGUUUACACAGUUGAGCUGGACAUUUUUGACUCACUUCCUAGUUGAAGAAAUUUCCCUCAAAAAUUAGACUAUAUUUAAUCAGUUGAUUCUAUGAGAGCUAGUUUCAUAUUUCUUUCAUCUCCGUUUUCUAAACAAACAACAAUCUUAUUUUUAUUACCUAUUAAUUCUAGUGUUUCUUCUGUUGCUCUUAUAUAUCUAACGAAAACACAAGCACACAGCUUACUAGCCCACCAGCCCAAUAAACUUUGGAAUUUCAACUAGUUUAGUUUAAUAAAUAUUUUUAUGCCUGGCAAAAUACUUUCAUUAUUUCAGAACCUGACGUCUAUUUAAAGUAUUUUCAUUUAUAUUGAACAACGUAAUGCUUUUUUUAACUUAUUUAACUUAACAUACAAUCCAACUGCUUGUUUUAAAGUUCCAACUUCCGAUAUGAUUUGUUUUACAGCAGGCCUACUCUAUUUACUACAUCUUGAAGUAUCUCAAAUGGUUUUACCAUUCACUUUGCAUCGUAUGAGAAUGAACGCCCUCAUAAUAUGAAUUGUGGUUUAUGAGCAGUAGAGCUUGGAUGUCCAAGCUCCUCUAUAUAAAUAUGUUUGUGUCAAAUAUGUCUAUCAAUACGUAAGGUGCUUUGAAUCUGGAUUAUUUUACAUUCGGUGUCGUAUUUACUUUUUUGCAUUAGGUCUCUUUCAUUAUAACUAUUUGCAUUAUCUACAAAGCAUCCUAUUAAUAUUUCAUAUACACAACUAUAUGAAAGCAGUUUAUGUUUCAAUAAGAACUGUUUAAUGUUUCCAUAAAUAACACAGACUGAUAACUAGUUUAAAAAAACUGUAGUCUCACAAUCAGCACUUCAUAA